AUGGCUGAUGAUUUUGACGUGGAGGCCAUGCUGGAGGCGCCGUUCAGGAAGGAUGAGGUCAAGUCUUCUCAUGCAAACGGGCAUGAUGGCCAGAACAGGAAAAAGAGGCGAAGCAAGAGCAGAAGCCCAGGCUCCAAGAAAAAAAGGAGCCGAAGCAGAGACAGAAAGAAGGGCAAGAAAAGGAGCAGGAGCCGAGAAAGGAAGCGAAGCCGCAGCAGGGAACGCCACCGCAGCCGCUCUCGAAGCAGGGAGCGCGCUGGGCGCUACAAAGCCCGCAAAAGUCCAAUGAAACUGCCUGAUCUUUGUUUCAGACGGAAACGUUCCAAAAGUCCUGUCAAAAAAGAGAAGAGUCCAGUCAGGCAACCAAUUGACAAUCUUACACCAGAGGAGCGAGAUGCCCGCACCGUUUUCUGCAUGCAACUGGCUGCCAGAAUCAGAGCUCGAGACCUGGAGGAUUUCUUCUCGGCUGUGGGAAAAGUAAGAGAUGUGAGAAUGAUAUCAGACCGGAAUUCCAGGAGAUCGAAAGGGAUCGCCUACAUUGAAUUUGUGGAGUCAUCUUCAGUUCCCCUGGCCAUCGGACUGACUGGCCAGCGCCUUUUGGGAGUGCCCAUUAUUGUCCAGGCCUCUCAGGCGGAGAAGAACAGAGCGGCCGCAGCCGCCAAUAAUCUUCAGAAGGGCAGCGCCGGUCCCAUGCGGCUGUACGUGGGCUCGCUGCAUUUUAACAUUACCGAGGAAAUGCUUCGAGGGAUCUUUGAACCUUUUGGAAAGAUUGAAGGAAUUCAGCUAAUGAUGGACAGUGAAACUGGCCGCUCCAAAGGAUAUGGCUUCAUAUCUUUUGCAGAUGCUGAGUGCGCAAAAAAGGCCUUAGAGCAACUGAAUGGCUUCGAGCUAGCCGGCCGGCCAAUGAAGGUAGGCCACGUUACAGAGCGUUCGGACGCAUCCACUGCGAGCUCCUUCCUGGACAAUGAUGAACUGGAACGGACAGGAAUCGACCUGGGAACCACAGGACGACUGCAACUCAUGGCGCGACUUGCUGAAGGAACUGGUCUAAAAAUUCCCCCUGCUGCUCAGCAGGCUUUACAGAUGACUGGCACAAUACCCUAUGGAAACCCUAUGGCCACACCAGCAGCUGUUCCAGCUCCUCCACCGAGCCAAGCUUUGAACCUUCCAUCUCAGCCACUGGCAACACACUGCCUUCAGUUAUCCAACCUCUUCAACCCACAAUCGGAAAAUGAUCCCAGCUGGGCCAUUGAGAUCCAAGAUGAUGUCAUUGAGGAGUGUAACAAGCAUGGAGGAGUGGUUCACAUUUAUGUUGACAAGAAUUCUGCUCAGGGGAAUGUGUAUGUGAAGUGCCCCUCCAUACCAGCAGCAAUGGCCUCUGUAAAUGCACUUCAUGGGCGCUGGUUUGCUGGAAAAAUGAUCAAGGCAGCCUAUGUUCCCUUACCAACGUAUCACAAUCUUUUCCCGGAUUCAGUAACAGCGAAGCAGCUCCUAAUGCCAACACGUCGAUAG